AUGACGGUCCGUAUGGUGCCCACCGUGCUGGGCAAGCGCAGUGUACAAGAGCUGUAUGGUCUCCGCUGGCCACGGCCCCUCCCAAUUUUCCAGCCUCCAUAUCGUUCAGUACCACUAUCGCGCGCAUACGCCAGUGUCCAAGGAGAACCAAAUAAAAGCCAGGAACCCCGAUCGAACUCAAAUCCGCAGUCUACCCCGUCAAGCAGAGCUUCUGAGGAUGGUUCCGCUUCGAGCUCAGGUCACUCCACCUCCGGCCAGCAGACACCAUCGGCUGGCUCGAGUAGUUCAUCUCAAACCAAGUUCGAUUGGGAAGAGAAUCCGGAUCUGAGUAUAUCAAAGUUCUCCGAGCUUCCCAGUAAAAAUUUCGGCGUCAACCAGCAUAUGAUCAUUAACGAAGAGUUCAAGGAGGCCUUGCGUCAGAUCCUCUGGCAAUUCAAGGCACCCAUACGGUACGCCUUCGCAUAUGGAUCAGGAGUCUUCCCACAAAGCACGGCAACUACGGGCGGCUCUUCUACGCUCCACCCCAGUCCUCCCGAAGCGAUCACGAAGGUGCAGCAGGGAAACCAGAAAAUGAUUGACUUUAUUUUCGGGGUCUCAUAUACUCAGCACUGGCAUUCUCUCAACCUCCAACAACACCGAGAUCAUUAUUCUGCUCUUGGCUCUCUUGGAUCGUAUGCCGUUUCCAAGGUGCAGGAUUCUUUCGGCGCCGGCGUGUAUUUCAACCCAUACAUAACGGUCAAUGGUGUCCUUGUCAAAUAUGGUGUCGUCAACCUCGAUACGCUAUGCAAAGACCUGUCUGAGUGGAACACCUUGUAUAUUGCUGGCCGUUUACAGAAACCUGUCAAGAUUCUACGAGACAAUCCAUCCGUCCGACUUGCAAACCAAGUCAAUCUCAUCUCUGCUGUACGAACCGCUCUGCUACUGCUAGGCGACGAUUUCACGGAGCGCGAGCUAUACUCGACCAUUGCAGGCAUCUCAUACAUGGGCGAUCCUCGAAUGUCCGUUGGUGGUGACGACCCACGAAAAGUUGACAAUAUUGUUUCGAAUCAACUACCAAACUUCCGCCGGUUGUAUGCCCCUCUCAUCGAUAAUCUGCCCAAUAUUACUUUCAAUGAUUCCGCCACGGCCGACCGAGACUGGAUGGAUGACCCAUCUGUCAAUGCUAGACUUGCGCAGAAUAUGGAUCCGGAGACACGGGGGCACAUGGUGAGGCGUCUACCAUCUGCCUUCCGCGAAAAGCUUUACUUCGAAUACCAAUCGAAAUUUGAGAUUACCAGGCGUGAUUUCAAGAAGCUUAUGGCUGAGACCAAGGAAGAUGACCCUGACCGUAUUCGGAAACGUGAAGGUGGCCCCUUUGAACAGCGGAUAGCAAAAGAUGUGGAAGGUGGGGGCCUGAGAGAAGAGGUUCAACAGGUUAUUACCAAGACUAUUCAGUGGCCGGCGACUACGCAGAGUCUGAAAGGUAUCGUAACGAGCGGUGUUGGCCGAAGUCUUCGCUAUAUGCGUGAGAAGCGAGAAAAGAACAAGAAGGGCAAAGAGCCAAAGGAGAAUUAG